CAAUUGUUCAAAAAUAGCUCGAUCGGGAUUAUGGAAUCAAGCAGUCAAGAAAUCAGUGUCCAAGAUGAAGCUGUGGAAAAAAGCCAAUUUAAGACAUGCAAGCAAAUUGCCUUUUACAGGCGUCAGAAAAAUUUAUGUCCUGGGAAGUCCCCAUACCAGGCCUUACUGCAAACUGUGGAACUAUCCAACAGCAAUGUCAAAUUCCAAAUUAUCAGUGAAGAGAACAAGGUGCCUCUUUCAGUAGAAAUUUAUGAAAUAGAGGGCAAUAUUUUCAGGCUUAAAAUAAAUGAGAUGAAUCCUCUCAAGCCAAGAUAUGAAGUCCCUGAUGUUCUCAUAAAAGAACCAGCUAGCUUGAGACUGAAGAUAUCAGAGAAAGAUGCAGACAAAGUUGUGCUGGCAGGUGCUGAGCAAGACCAGCAGAUCCACAUAAUGGCAAAACCUUUUCAGAUACAGCUUAUUUCUAAGGAUGAAAUUUUACUGAGCAUGAAUUCUAAUGGCCUGUUGUAUUUGGAACACCUACAAUCACCACUCCAAAGCAGGAAACCUACUUCACAAGAAAAGGAAAGUGGAUUGGCUGACUCUUCUAAGGAAAAUGAAGAAGAUUUAGGGCUCUGGGAAGAAAAAGUUGGCAGCUUUUUAGACAUCAAAGCUAAUGGUCCCAGCAGUGUGGGUUUAGAUGUUUCUUUGCAUGGAUUUGAACAUGUCUAUGGAAUACCUCAGCACGCAGAGACCCUCCUCUUAAAAAACACCAGUGAUGAUGAUGUCUACCGGCUUUAUAAUCUGGAUGUCUUUGGAUAUACCAUCCACAGCAAAAUGGGCAUUUAUGGUUCAGUGCCCUUACUCUUAGCACAUAAGCCUGAUCAGACGAUUGGAGUAUUCUGGCUAAAUUCCUCAGAAACAUUGGUGGAGAUUUCUACAAAAGCUGCAGUGAAGGCUUUACCUUCCAGAACUCCAGACAAGCAGAGGGUAGUGCCUCAAACCGACAUGCGCUGGAUGUCAGAAAGUGGAAUAAUUGACGUUUUCAUCCUAAAGGGGCCCUGCCCUUUUGAUAUUUUUAAGCAGUAUGCACAGCUAACAGGCACACAGGCUUUGCCUCCACUCUUCUCUCUUGGGUACCAUCAGUGCCGCUGGAAUUAUGAAGAUGAAGAAGAUGUAGAAAAGGUGGAUGCAGGUUUUGAUACCUUUGACAUCCCCUAUGAUGUUAUAUGGCUAGACAUUGAGCACACUGAUGGCAAGCGGUACUUCACAUGGGAUAAGAAGAGAUUCUCCAAUCCUGAAAAGAUGCAGAAGCACAUACUUAUGAAGAAAAAACGCAAGCUGGUUGUCAUUGUGGACCCCCAUAUUAAGAUUGAUCCUCUUUACACUGUAUACUCACAAGCAAAAGAGAGAGGAUUCUUUGUAAAAGAUCGUAAUGGUGAAGAUUUUGAGGGCAUCUGCUGGCCAGGUCUCUCAUCUUACCUGGAUUUCAUCAAUCCUGAAGUCCGACAAUGGUAUGCAGAUCAAUUUGACUUCAAAACAUACAAGGGUUCUUCUGAAAUCGUUUUUAUCUGGAAUGAUAUGAACGAGCCUUCAGUCUUCAGAGGGAUAGAACAAACCAUGUCAAAAGAUGCUAUUCAUUAUGGCAAAUGGGAACAUCGAGAUGUUCAUAAUCUCUAUGGCUUUUACCAGCAAAUGGCAACUGCAGAAGGGCUGGUGAAACGAAGUGGAGGGCUGGAAAGGCCCUUUGUUCUCACCCGCUCUUUCUUUGCUGGAUCGCAGAAGUAUGGUGCAGUAUGGACUGGAGACAAUAAAGCAGAUUGGAGUUACUUGAAAAUCUCCAUUCCAAUGUUGCUGACGAUCAGCAUUGCGGGAAUUUCUUUCUGUGGAGCGGAUGUAGGUGGAUUUAUUGGAAAUCCAGAACCAGAACUACUGGUUCGAUGGUAUCAGGCUGGGGCUUUCCAGCCUUUCUUCAGAGGCCAUGCCAAUAUGGGUACCAAGCGUCGUGAACCCUGGCUAUUUGGGGACAAGAACACAAAGAUCAUCAGGGAAGCUAUUAAGGAGCGCUACUCCCUACUUCCUUACCUUUAUACGCUGUUCUACCAGGCACACAGCGUGGCUGAACCAGUUAUGCGGCCUCUCUGGGUGGAAUUUCCAAAGGAAUUAGAAACUUUUGGCAUUGAAGAUGAGUACAUGCUUGGAGGUGCUUUGCUGGUGCAUCCAGUCACUGCUCCAAAAAUCAGUACAGUCAAUGUCUUUCUGCCAGGCCCACAAGAGAUUUGGUACGACUUUCGAAAAUUUAGAUGUCUGGAAAGUCAUGGCAUAUUGAAGAUCCCAGUAACACUGAACAAUAUUCCUGUAAUUCAACGUGGUGGGACUAUUAUACCUCUCAAGAUUUCUGUAGGAAAAUCCACAGAAUGGAUGGUAGAUGUUCCUUAUGAACUGCGUGCUGCCCUAGAUUACAAGGGAUGUGCAACUGGUGAACUAUACUUGGAUGAUGGCCACUCAUUUCAUUAUCUCCAUGAGAAACAGUUCCUGCUCAGAAAGUUCAGCUUCUGUGAGAAUGUCCUCUCCUCCAGAAGUGCUGGUGAAGAAGGGCUAUUUCAGACAAAAUGUAUAGUUCAACAGAUACUGAUUUUGGGAAUAAAAAAGCAGCCCUCUGUUGUGACAACAACCAUGUUUGAUGGAAAAGAAGACAAGGCAGUGGCUUUCACAUAUGAUACCAAAAACUCUAUGCUGACCCUUCAAAAACUUUCCUUAAACAUCAGUAAUAACUGGGAACUUCGUAUCAAAUGAAAGCACAGCUUCAGAGAUGCAGAUGAACAACUGAAAAAUAAUAGUUUGGACAACUGUGCAUGCUGUUUUGAAAUGGACUUUUUGAAGUAGACAGAACCUCAGAUGUGACACACUAGACUACUAAUGCUUGUAUAAUUGAUUCAAAUUCAGAAUAUUAAUGAAUGACAACUUUCUGAUAUUAUUUGCAAAAAUUGUUCCUGGGGAAAACUGGUCACUUCCAGGAUUUUACAAUUGGGGAUUAAAUGUUGUUUCUCAUAUA